CCAAAUUGUACAAGUCUAAAGCGCCAGCUUUAGACUUUGCCAAGAUGAGUAAUUAUACUCCUAAGUAAUGAUAAUGACGAUCUGCCAACCCCGAUUGCAUUGAACCCUAAUAAGGUUUAUUCCACAUUUGACUUACCUCCAAAGGGUAUUGAUUUCUCAAAGGUCACGGGGAGGUACCCGAAAAGCAUUAAAAUACUCAAGAAGAAGCAACAGAAAGAAGAAGCUGAAAACCAAUUGACCGAAAACCAGGAUGAAGUUGAAAUUAAGAACCUGUUUAGCAGCUUUACUAUGAAUUCUUGGCAGCCGAAGCCAGAGGAGGUAAUGUCUAAGAAGAUGGAGAGCAAUUUGAGGAAUUAUCAAGAAGAACUUUCUAAAAUUAAAAUCCUUAAUAAAUAAGACACUUAAGCUGGGAAAGUCUAUUAAGUACCACAAGAAGAAGAUCAGAGAGAUAGGGGUUAACGUGAAGAGAGUCAGACUUAGGCCGAAUAGGAAAGUCAGUAAAGCAUCUGUUAUUGAUAAAAGAAAUAAUAAAAUCAAUAAGAAUCAGAGUAGAAUAAAUCAUAUUCCAUCUGAAAAUUGGAGUGAAGAAGCAUAUAGUAUAGCCCAUCUUCAGCUUCGAGCCAUCUAAUUUCUUAACAAACGACCAAUAAGAUUCUUGCUUAAAAGAGCUCAACUCUCAUCGUUCCUUCAUAAAUCUUCAAAGCCAAAGGGCUAAAUUGCUCAGUUCAGCUUUAUAUCAGAAAAGAAGGAUUCCUGAGGCUUUGGGCUGAGGCGAGCAAGGGUAAAGACACUCUUGGGUUCAUAGUUUAGUGCUUCAUGUAUAGGAAGAAUGGGUCCGUGACUAUCAACAGCUAUUUGUA